AUGGAAACAAGAUCCACCAAGAGAAAAAAGUUGUGGUUUGCAUCAAAUAAUGAAGGUGAUAAUGACAUUGACAGGAUCAGCGAUCUCCCUGAUGCUAUCCUCCAUCACGUUCUCUUGCUUCUUCCCCUUAAAUCCAUUGCUCAAACCAGUGUCUUAUCUCAAAGAUGGAGAUCUCUCUGGUCCUCAUUUCCUGACCUUGAUUUCACCACAAUGAACCCUAGUAAGGCCAUUUGUUUUACACCAAAGCUUAAAUCAAAAAGAUGGUGGUCUUCGAUGGACUUCAUCGCCAAUGUCCUAGCUCUCCGUGACAAGCAUUCUGAUCUAAGAGCCCUUCGCUUUCGUGCACAUUUGAGUUUCUCCCAUCUAAAUGGUUUGAUUCGAAGAGCAAUUAGGUGUAAUGUGCAAGAACUUGAUGUGGAAGUCGCCACCGGUGAUUACUUCAAUUUCCCUCGAGGAGUCAUAACGAGUGAAUCUUUGCGGGUUCUCAAACUGAGAUCUCGGUAUCCCGGUUUUAGAUUGCUUCCAUCUUCGGUAAUGACUCUUGGGUUUCCAUCACUCCACACAUUGUCACUAUCACUUGUCAUUUUAUAUGAACAAUCCUCCCUCUUGGACUUGUUUACGGAAUCGUCAUUUCCUUGUCUAAAGAAUCUUAAUCUCGAUGCUUGUUUUGGGAUGAAACAUCUCAAGGUUUGUUGUCGAGCCCUUGAAGAUUUAACAAUAGAGAAUUGUUUUCAGCUACAUAGUUUGGACAUUUGUUCUGCAAAAUUGGAAAAUUUAAGAGUUGCAAGCUGUUUUGAUGCAUACAGUGAUAAGACAUGGUUUAAAGUUAAUGCACCAAGGCUUAGGAGCAUUUCGUGGGAAUAUAAUUCUAUUACUGCUAGCAGUUCUCUAGUGAACUUGACCUCUCUGCAUGAGGCCUCUGUUGGUUUCUCUCUACUUCAUGAAAAUUUGAGCGUGGAAAAGCUUCAGAGUGUGUGCAAUUUUUUAUCUGGACUCUCUCAUGUCCAUAGUUUAACUCUUGAUAGCCAAUGUGUUGAGAUUCUAUCAAACAAGAACGAUAUUAUAAACCUUCUCCAUCCAUUUAACAACCUUAAGGUUCUGGAGUUGCAUACCGGUUUCGAGAAAAAUAAUGUACCAGGAUUAGCAUUCCUAUUCAGGAGCUCUCCCACGUUGCACACACUCAUCCUCAAGAUCAUCAAUGACUUCACGACUGAAAGAAGACAAUGGAAUAGGGACUUGUGGGACUUGUCUACUUCUGCAGAGGAGCAAUAUUGGGAAUCUCAACUCCAAGCUUUAAGGCCUUUCCUAGACCACCUCAAGGUUGUAAAGAUACAUGGAUUCUUAGAGUGUGAAAACGAAGUUAGCCUAGCAAAGUUUUUGCUCAAGCAUGGGAAGGACUUGCAAGAAAUGACACUUUGCACAGCAAAAUGUUGCAACUUUAAGGAUUCUCUUCGGCGACAAAAAGUUCGGUCACAAAUAAUGGGAUUCUCUUGGGCUUCAUCUAAUGCUAAAAUUGUAUUCUUACUGUCCUCUUAA